GCAGGAAGUACAUUGAAUGCGCACUCACUUCUCAUCGGAGGUUGGACACAGGCAGCUGACAAGUUUAUAAAUACAAUCGGGGUUCUGUGAAACACAAUAAAGGUUGGUUUAAAAACACUGGCAAUAGCAAAGGUGAAAUAGUUGUCCGUUAUGAGUUUCUUCGGCUUCGGGCAGAGUGCGGAGGUCGAUAUCGUUCUAAAUGAUGCCGAAACGAGAAAGAAAGUCGAACACAAGACCGAAGAUGGGAAGAAAGACAAGUACUUUCUCUUCUACGACGGAGAGACGGUGAGCGGAAAAGUGAACGUCACUCUCAAAAAUCCAGGAAAAAGACUCGAGCACUAUGGCAUCAAGAUCGAGUUUAUUGGACAGAUCGAAUUGUACUAUGACAGGGGAAACCACCACGAGUUUGUGUCGUUGGUGAAAGAUCUUGCUCGACCUGGUGAACUCACUAACUCCCAGUCGUUUGACUUUGAGUUCACUCACGUGGAGAAACCCUACGAGACCUACACGGGCCAGAACGUCAAACUGAGGUAUUUUCUCCGCGCCACCAUCAGCAGAAGACUCAAUGACGUCAGUAAGGAGAUGGACAUUGUGGUCCACACUCUCAGUACAUAUCCAGAGCUCAACUCCUCCAUCAAGAUGGAGGUCGGCAUCGAAGACUGUCUUCACAUCGAGUUUGAGUACAACAAGUCCAAGUAUCACCUGAAGGAUGUGAUCGUGGGGAAGAUUUACUUCCUGCUUGUGAGAAUAAAGAUCAAGCACAUGGAGAUUGACAUCAUCAAGAGGGAAACCACGGGAACGGGUCCCAGCGUGUAUCAUGAGAACGACACCAUUGCCAAGUAUGAGAUUAUGGAUGGUGCACCUGUUCGAGGAGAAUCGAUUCCCAUCCGAUUAUUCCUGGCGGGCUACGAGAUGACGCCCACCAUGAGGGACAUCAACAAGAAGUUCUCCGUGCGCUACUACCUCAACCUGGUGCUCAUCGACGAGGAGGAGAGGCGCUACUUCAAGCAGCAGGAGAUCACCCUCUGGAGAAAAGGGGACAUCGUCAGAAGAAGCAUGUCCCAGCAGGCCACCAUAGCCUCGCAGAGAUUCGAGAGCCCCUCCGAGAGAGUGCAGGAGCCAGCGAAGGAGAAGGAGGACAGCAGCUAGGCUGGAGCCCGAGUCCAAGCGAGGGGCCCCCGAUGGAGCCCGGGUCCGAGGGGGGGGGGCCCCGAGGGGCGGCCUCUCAGCGCUAUCGUCGUCACUGUUCUGGUAGCUUCCAGUUUUUGUGUAAUUCUAGCUGCUUCAAAAGGGAUCAGAGGAAUCAGAUACUUCCCCCCCAUAGCACCUCACUCUCGACAGGCUCUGGAACUCAGCCGGAUGUGAGCCGAAGCCCGUCCGGAGUGAGCUGGUAUGGGGGGCAGCCAUGUGGGAAUAGCUAACGGGGGACAGCCUGUGUGGGCCUCUCAGGUGAUCAAGUGAAGUUCUUUGUAAUGUGAGCUUAGUUUUGUACAACUUGGAUCUGAAAAAAAUAUGCAACAUAAAAAAAAGAGGGUGUACUCAACAGCCCCCUCUAGAGGAUGUACUCAACAGCACCCCCUAGAGGGUGUACUCAACAGCACGCUCUAGAGGGUGUACUCAACAGCACCCUCUAGAGGAUGUACUCAACAGCACGCUUCUAAAUUGAACAAACCUUUUCUUUUCUCAUGUAUGGGUUGGAAUGUAUAGUAUAUUUUUGAUACGUUUAACUCCACGUGCACCCGCCCCAUUCCGCGCCCGUUGUAUUGUAGGAGAGAGAGAGAGAGAGAGAGAGAGAGAUGUUGCGUUCUCUGUUUAAACAUUCCAUUAGAGAAACAUGUAUACCCCAGGCAUUCCCAUCUGACCUUCAUAAUCAUGUUCAUUUUAAGGAUACUAUUUUUUUUUGCACUAACAAUUUAAGUAUGCUUUGCUGUCCUUUCUAGUGUUCUGUGGCUAUUCCAUGUGAAUCUGCACUGGGGAAACGAGUGUGUGAACCUUGACCCCAGGGUCGUCUCCGCGGCGACACCCUGCAGGUCCUGGAUCAGUUGACUAACAUUCUGCGGGACUUAGGGCUUCGACCAUUGUAUAGAGCUGGACAUACAAACAUGUGAAUACUUAAAAAAGAAAAAAAUAUCUACUAUUUUGUUUCUUUGUUGACCUCUGUCUUUUAAAACUGUCUUUUAAAUCCAGUACCUUCUGCAAUGACCUUUCUGAUUCUCUGAGACAAAGGUAUUUUGUUUUGCCGUACGAGUAGGGUUGUCUUCAAGAGCAAGUAGCCAAAAAAAAAAAAAAAAAAACACAAAAGACAAAAGCAAUCAAUCGUGAGGCUUCCACUGCUCGAUGCGCUUGUUUUUGUAAGGCAUUUACACUUUUAUUACCAUACACAUAUACUGAAAGCACAGAGGAGGCUCUCUCGCUCGUACGUACCUUACUGAUUACUGUUGACAGUAUUCUAAUACGAAUUAUGUGUACAUGUGUCCAGUCUUAAGAAUUAACAAAGAAUCUAGACCAGUCGACUCCGACUGGAGGUAGGAUAAGUCACCUGGUAGUAAUGUGUGUGUGUGUGUGUGUGUGUGUGUAUGAGAGAACACUUCUGAAAUUACUCAUAUAUAUAUAACCUCUUGCUCUUCUGUGUGUGUGUGUGGGAGUGUAACACGACUCUGUGAGUGUGUUGUCUCUUGCCGCAGUGAGGCUCUGCUGCCCCCUGUCUGUGUGGAGGCCGGAGGAGCCCUCUGGUCAAAUAAACUUCUAAUCUGUCAACUCAAA